AUUAAUCUCAAGUACGUUUCAGACAGUUUCAGAAGCUAAAUAUAGAGAUGCCCAUAUGGGAGGGGAAGAGCAAAGUAAAAUUACUUCUAAGCAAAAAUGCUCAUGAUUCGAAUUUAGAAAUAGAACAUAAAUUUCUUCUUUUGGCACUUUAAUUUUUUGUUUGAUCUUCUUUCGAAUAUUGGGAACGAAAAAUGGGCCAAACGUUUCACGCCUUUAUGUUCCCAUGGUUCGCUUUUGGUCAUAUGACUCCAUACUUGCAUUUAGCCAACAAGUUAGCUGAGAGAGGUCACAGAAUCACUUUCUUGAUCCCCAAGAAAGCUCAGAAGCAGCUUGAACAUCUCAAUCUGUUUCCAGACAGCAUCGUCUUUCACUCUCUUACUAUUCCUCAUGUUGAUGGUCUCCCCGCUGGAGCCGAGACUUUCUCGGAUAUCCCUAUGCCAUUGUGGAAGUUCUUGCCCCCAGCUAUAGAUCUCACACGCGAUCAAGUUGAAGCAGCGGUUAGUGCCUUGAGUCCGGACCUGAUCUUGUUCGAUAUUGCUUCAUGGGUUCCAGAAGUGGCUAAAGAGUAUAGAGUCAAGAGUAUGUUGUACAACAUCAUAUCAGCUACUUCUAUAGCUCAUGACUUUGUCCCAGGUGGUGAACUUGGAGUUCCUCCACCUGGUUAUCCUUCCUCAAAGUUGUUGUACCGCAAACACGAUGCUCACGCCUUGUUGUCCUUCUCCGUCUACUACAAGAGGUUUUCUCAUCGGCUCAUCACAGGUCUUAUGAAUUGUGAUUUCAUUUCGAUAAGGACAUGCAAAGAAAUCGAGGGUAAAUUCUGCGAGUAUCUUGAGCGUCAAUACCAUAAAAAGGUUUUCUUGACGGGUCCAAUGCUUCCUGAGCCAAACAAAGGUAAACCACUGGAAGAUCGAUGGAGUCAUUGGCUGAACGGGUUUGAACAAGGCUCUGUAGUGUUCUGUGCAUUGGGAAGUCAAGUCACUCUAGAGAAGGACCAGUUCCAAGAACUUUGUUUAGGAAUAGAGCUUACAGGUUUACCGUUUUUUGUAGCUGUAACACCACCAAAAGGCGCAAAGACGAUUCAAGAUGCGUUACCAGAAGGGUUCGAGGAGAGGGUGAAAGAUCGUGGAGUGGUUUUGGGAGAAUGGGUGCAACAACCGUUAUUAUUGGCUCAUCCAUCAGUAGGCUGCUUCUUGAGUCAUUGCGGAUUCGGGUCAAUGUGGGAAUCUAUAAUGAGUGAUUGCCAAAUAGUUUUGCUUCCAUUUUUGGCUGAUCAAGUUCUCAACACAAGAUUGAUGACCGAAGAACUCAAGGUUUCGGUUGAAGUGCAAAGAGAAGAAACAGGAUGGUUCUCGAAGGAGAGCUUGAGUGUUGCUAUCACAUCUGUGAUGGACCAAGCUAGUGAGAUCGGGAAUCUGGUGAGAAGGAACCAUUCCAAAUUGAAGGAGGUUUUGGUUAGUGAUGGAUUAUUAACCGGUUACACCGAUAAAUUUGUUGACACUUUGGAGAAUCUUGUCAGCGAGACAAAGCGUGAAUGAAAUACUACAAUAAAGAAGUACGUACGUAGCAACUGUUUAAACAAAGAAGUCACGUGGUAGUAAUUUACAAAACCACGAAGUAGUUGUUAUAAAUUUGUCGGCUUUGUUCAAUUUUUCUUUUCUUUUCUUUUCAAGUCAUCAUGUCUUUAAAACACAGUUUCAAAAAUAAAAGUUAUGAUAAGAAAAAGUUUAAAACACAAAAAUUGUUAAAAAUGAUUAACGAAAAA